AUGUUGCUAUAUACCAGAGUUGCACCUCCAAAGGUGCCAAAAAGGCGCUCCAGAGCAGGUUGCACCUUUUGGUACGUGAUGUCCGACUCUCAAUCUCUUAACGUACCCAUCAACGAAACCGCUAAUUUUUCGAAGAAGAAAUGCGACGAGAAACGACCGCGAUGCGCAAGAUGUAUCGAAAAGGACCUUCAAUGCACGUACGAGGCGGUACGACCGCGCCAACGAAGGAAGAAAGACCCCUCUCACUCUGGAUUUACACAAGACUAUGGGCGAGCGAGUGAAUCGACUCUAGAUCAUGACCACUGGCGAGAGGAUACGAUCGAUAGGUUUUCUGAGGCUGAUUGUCUCAGCCCUAUAGAUGCCAAGUUUAAAGACAUGUCUCCAAUGAGCUUGAGCGAAAAUGAAUUGUUCCCGGUCGGCACUAGCCCAACGGUUUACGAAUACGAUGGCGCAGAUGAUGGAGAUCAAGUGCAAGAGAUUAUACGGAGGAACUCAAGUAUCAAUGUGGUCUCUCAGGCGCGAUCUUUUCAGCCAGAUCUAGCCAUGAUCGCUCCGUGUCCUGUCGGUUCCCCAACGCUCGAGUUUGUUCUGCCAGUGUUUUCGGAGUUUUCGGACCGCCCUAACCGGCGUGCACUGGUUGACCACUUCUGCAAUGUACUAUCGCAUUUAAUAGUCUUCCGGGAGGAGUCCGGCAAUCCAUUCCAACAACUGGUCUUACCGCUCUCCCAUAGAAGCGCUCCUAUUAUGAAUGCUGUAUACGCAUUAGCAAGUGCCCAUUUAGAGUAUCGUGGAAUUGCAACAUCGGAGAAGUCGCUGUAUUUUCACAACCGAGCUAUCCAGGGCUUGGCCAGGCUAAUAGAACAGGAAGGGAAGGUCGAUAAGACCGAACUGCUUGCAGCGAUCAUGCUCUUGGUGUACUACGAAGUACUUGUCCAGCGCGGACGGACGAAUAUAGUAGACGGACAUCUUAAGGGCGCACUAACUAUUAUGUCUUCCUCCUCGGGAGAGUCUACGCCUGCCGGUCUUUUCCUAGAACGUGCGUUCCGGUUCUACGAUGUUAUUACGGCACUCUCUCUAGGAUCUGCCCCUCUUUCCACGGCCCCGGCCGCUGGCUGCCUCAUACCAUUCCCUCCUCCGAAUGCACCGGCAGUGUCUCCCCUCAGCAACGUCGAUAGCUUACUCGGGAUGGCUACUACUUUAUGGCCUAUUAUGCACCGCCUAUCCAAUCUUCUCUCUCUUAAGAACGAUAUCGAGAAUGCAUGCCUAACAAACCAAACUUCUAAAAGCGCUGUCCUCAGAAUGGAAUUCGAAACCACUUCACAGGCUAUCGAAACCGCUCUAGCCCAAUGGGAACCGUGUCUUCCUCCCCAUUUUGUCGUUGAAAAUGAUGUGUUAAGAGGCUCCGGCGAUAGAGAAGAGAUUCCAGAGCAACAGCGCCUCCAAUCCACUUUUCACAACUCCUUAGCCUACCGUCAUAGCGCAUUUGUAUAUCUAUAUCGUACUAUAUAUAAGUACUCGCCACGCCGCGAGGUAGUGCAGAAGCACGCUCACAUAGCACUUAUACAUUGCGUCGGAACAGUCACCCAUGGAGGGCCUAUGGGGGCGUUGCUAUGGCCUUUGUUUGUAGCUGCAUGUGAGGCUAUAACCGCAGAAGAUAGAGCACUCGCCCAGAAGGCGUUUUUCGGAAUUGACCAGCGCCAAGGUAUGACCAACAUAGGCCAGGCCUGGAAUAUCGUUCAAGAAGUCUGGAAAAGAUUGGAUGAUAUGAAGGACGAUCCCUCCAGCGUAGAAGAUUCCGAUCUGUGGAGGAAGAUUAGCGCUGAGAUGGGAGUUAGCAUUGUUUUUGGCUGA